AUGUCUACUCCGGCUCGCAAGCGCCUCAUGCGGGACUUCAAGCGGUUGCGCAACGACCCGCCCCAGGGUGUGAACGGCAGCCCCAACCCCGACAACAUCAUGCUGUGGAACGCGGUCAUCUUCGGUCCAGAGGACACGCCCUGGGACGGCGACGGGGGCAUUUGUCUGGACAUCUUGCAGAACCAGUGGAGCCCAAUCUAUGACGUCAGCGCAAUCCUGACCUCCAUCCAGUCGCUGCUGUGCGACCCCAACCCCAACUCCCCGGCCAACUCGGAGGCGGCGCGGCUGUACAAUGAGAACCGGCGCGAGUACAACCGGCGGGUGCAGGAGGUGGUUGAGGUCAGCUGGCAGGCGGGCGACGCGGCGGCGGACGGCACGGCCGAGUGA